UAGUAAACGUUAACAAGGACCCAAGCACAAUGGAUAGUCACAAGCGAAGCAGAAAGAGCAACAAGGAAACGUCGUCGUCUUCAAAGAGACGCAGAACCAGACGAUCCGACGAUUCAGAGUCCGAGUCCGAGCCUCAGUCCGACGACUCGUACACCCAGGACUCGUCACCGGAGCCACGGGACUCGCGGAGGGGCAAGGAACGAAGAAGCAGCAGCAGCCGCCGCAGCCACCGGAGCUCGAAGCGUAAGCAUGACUCCGACGACAGUGAAGAUGAUGACCGUGGCCGCAAGAAGAAGUCCUCCAGGAAAAUCACCGAGAAAGAACUCGCUGAAUACCAGGCCAAGAAGCAAAUGCGAGUUGCGAAGAAGUUGAAGACGCAAACGGUUUCUGGUUAUUCCAAUGAUUCGAAUCCCUUUGGCGAUUCUAAUCUCACUGAGAAAUUUGUGUGGAAAAAGAAGAUUGAGCGAGAUGUUUCCCAAGGUGUGCUGCUUGAUGUGUCAGUUAAAUCUGAGAAAAAAAGAGAUAUAGAAAGGCUGGCUGAGAUUGAGAAGGUAAAAAAGAGAAGGGAGGAAAGGGCUCUUGAAAAGGCACAACGUGAGGAAGAAAUGGCAAUGUUAGCCAGAGAACGUGCUCGAGCUGAGUUUCAGGAUUGGGAGAAGAAGGAAGAAGAGUUCCAUUUUGAUCAAAGCAAAGUCAGGUCAGAGAUUAGAUUACGUGAGGGUCGUAUCAAGCCUAUCGAUAUUCUCUCCAAGAACCUCAAUGGCUCUGAUGAUUUUGAUAUAGAAAUAAAUGAACCAUACCUUGUUUUCAAGGGCUUGACAGUAAAAGAAAUGGAGGAGCUUCGUGAUGACAUAAAAAUGCAUCUGGACUUGGACAGGGCAACACCAACACAUGUAGAGUACUGGGAGGCACUCAUGGUGGUUUGUGACUGGGAGUUAGCUGAAGCUCGGAAAAAGGAUGCACUGGAUCGUGCUAGGGUGCGUGGGGAAGAACCUCCUGCUGAGUUGCUUGCUGAAGAAAGGGGUCUGCAUUCCAGUAUUGAAGCUGAUGUCAGAAAUCUUUUGCAAGGAAAGACUUAUGUGGAACUAGAGGGAAUGCAGUCCCAGAUUGAGUCACAGAUGCGUUCUGGCACAGCAAAAGUAGUUGAAUACUGGGAGGCUGUUCUUAAACGCCUCCAUAUUUACAAGGCCAAGGCUUGUUUGAAGGAAAUUCAUGCUAAGAUGUUGCGCAAGCAUUUGGAACGCCUUGAGGAACCUUUAGAGGGUGAAAAUGAAUUGGAGUCUGAUCACAGUUUAGAAUUGAAAGAGGACAACAGUGACCAUGAUGUUAUUGAUGCUCAAAAUUUCUCUCCAGAACUCAUUAAGGAAGAGACUAACGAGGAUGAAGAAGAGGCUGGUUCAUUUUCACCAGAACUAUUGCAUGGUGAUGAAAAUGAAGAAGCAAUUGACCCUGAAGAGGACAGGGCUAUGCUGGAGCGAAAACGUAUAGCUGUUGUAAAAGAACAGCAAAGAAGGAUGCAAGAGGUCUUGGCAUCAAAGCCAGCUCCAGCAGAAGAUAAUUUUGAGCUAAAAGCCAUGAAAGCCAUGGGAGCCUCGGAGGAAGGGGAUGCAGUUUUUGGCUCUGGUGCUGAAGUGAACCUGGACUCUCAGGUGUAUUGGUGGCAUGACAAGUACCGACCAAGGAAGCCAAAAUAUUUCAACCGUGUUCACACAGGAUAUGAGUGGAAUAAAUACAAUCAGACUCACUAUGACCACGACAAUCCACCUCCAAAGAUUGUUCAAGGAUAUAAAUUUAAUAUCUUUUAUCCAGACCUUGUUGACAAGACAAAGGCUCCAACUUACACCCUUGAGAAGGAUGGGAGCAAUGGUGAGACUUGCAUUAUACGGUUCCAUGCAGGGCCCCCUUAUGAGGACAUUGCUUUCAAGAUUGUAAACAAGGAAUGGGAAUAUUCUCAUAAGAAGGGCUUCAAGUGCACAUUUGAACGUGGAAUUUUGCAUGUAUAUUUCAACUUUAAACGCUACCGCUACCGCAGGUGAUAUGUGGCUAGUUUUCUUACCUUUUCCUCUAAAGAUGUAAAACUCCCCGGUGGCGAGGGUUUUGAAGAUUCCAUAGGUAUUACAAUUUUGAGCUUAUACAAAUUGUUCAACUAAUUUGUGUUGUAGAUAUUAUUCGAUCUAAUAGUGUUAACAGAAACCUUUACACCAGUUAAUAGAUUUUAAAAAAAAAUUAUUUUCUAACA